AUGCCAAGCACUCUACCCUCUUUGCUUUUCUUGCUCGUCUCCCUCCUCACUCCUACCCUCAUUUUCUCUUCACCAUUUCAAAACCCUGAAGAGGUCGUUCAAGAGGUUAACAGGAAAAUCAAUGCCUCCAUGGCUAGGCCUAGGAGGAGCUUGGGCUACCUGUCAUGUGGCAGCGGCAACCCCAUUGAUGACUGUUGGCGGUGCGACCCGAAUUGGGAGCAGAACCGGCAAAGCCUAGCCGACUGCGCAAUCGGGUUCGGCAAGAACGCCAUCGGCGGAAGGGACGGGAAGAUCUAUGUGGUGGACGACGCCGGCGACGACGACCCGGUAAACCCGAAGCCAGGCACGCUCCGGCACGCCGUGAUCCAAGACGAGCCCCUCUGGAUCAUCUUCGCACGCGACAUGGUGAUCCAGCUGAAGGAGGAGCUAAUCAUGAACUCUUUCAAGACCAUCGACGGCCGCGGCGCCAGUGUGCACAUCGCCGGCGGCCCCUGCAUCACCGUGCAGUACGUCACGAACAUCAUCAUCCACGGCAUCCACGUGCACGACUGCAAGCAGGGAGGGAACGCCAUGGUGCGCGCCUCCCCACGGCACUACGGGUGGAGAACCGUGUCGGACGGCGACGGCGUGUCCAUCUUCGGAGGAAGUCACGUGUGGGUCGACCAUUGCUCGUUGUCGAACUGCAACGAUGGGUUGAUCGACGCCAUCCAUGGGUCCACUGCCAUUACCAUCUCCAACAAUUACAUGACGCAUCAUGAUAAGGUCAUGCUGUUGGGUCACAGCGACUCUUACACCCCGGACAAGGACAUGCAGGUCACUAUUGCUUUCAACCACUUUGGUGAAGGCCUUGUUCAAAGGAUGCCAAGGUGCAGGUUUGGGUAUUUCCAUGUGGUGAACAAUGAUUAUACUCACUGGGAAAUGUAUGCCAUUGGGGGGAGUGCUAAUCCAACUAUUAACAGCCAAGGCAACAGAUUUGUUGCACCAGAUGACAGAUUCAGCAAAGAGGUGACAAAGCAUGAAGAUGCAGCAGAGAUUGAAUGGCAGAGUUGGAAUUGGAGAUCAGAAGGGGACUUGUUCGUAAACGGUGCAUUUUUCACUGCAUCGGGUGCUGGAGCCUCCUCAAGCUAUGCAAGGGCUUCUAGCCUAAAUGCAAGACCAUCUUCACUUGUUGGUUCCAUUACAACAGCUGCUGGUGCACUCACCUGCAAAAAAGUUGCUCAUGAUUACAACCUCCACCUGUUACUCUUAGAACCUAGUCAGUUGAAGAAUCUCGACGUUCCAAGAGAAAAACAAGUGAAGAAGAGUUGA